AUGAUAGUAGGAACACCGACGCGCAGUCGCAGAGGUCUAGUGAACGCAGUCGGUUCUGUGGCCAAAGUGUUAUUUGGCACUAUGGACGCAGAAGACGAGAAAGUAGUUAAUGCCACGAUUGCUCACGUAGACGAUGUAGAAAAUAUUAUAGAAAGAAAUGAGAAUAGGCUGCGUGAAGCAGUAGAAAAAAUAACUCAAAAAGUUGAUGACUACGCACAACAGCAAGAGCUGAGGGACUAUUUCCUUGAGCUAGGCAGUUUACUGUCAGAGAUGGAACUCGAUGCCGAGGAAAUAAUUGAGUACGUUACCGACGUGCACACUAAGUUUGAAAAAUUAGAAAUAGUGCCACUUGAACAAAUUAUACAUAGCCUGAAGGAAGCGAAUAAUCAAUUCAUGCGGGACCUGCGUUUUCCUUUUGCCGUGACUCUGGAAAACUGGUUAGAGAUAAAAAGGUUUGUCACGGUUAGUGUUUAUUGCAAGGAUUCGAGUAUAUUUACGGUUGUUAAAUUUCCAUUGAUCAGUUCCGGUAGUUACAACGUGUACAGGGUAAUACCCUUACCGGUACAUGAACGAGACAACGUGUUCGCGGCGGUGCGAGUCAAGCACCCGGUAGUAUCAAUAGACACCAAACGCCAAACGUACUUUAUACUUAGCGAAACACAAUGGAGUAGUUGUAUAAGCGUACAAGAACGCUAUGUGUGUAAAAACGUGGAUUCAAUGUAUCGGUUCUCGCAGAGAGCGCCCUGCGAAUUACAAAUGUUUGUAAACGAAGAUGGUAAAUACGAAGACUGUGAAAUCGACCACGUGGUUUCCAACCAAACUAUAUGGGUGCGAUUAACAAAGGCGCGCGUAUGGUUGUUCUCGACCUUGAAAGAAGAAACUUUACGAGUUACGUGCAAAAAUAGGUCAGAAAGAAUGGAGGUCAUAUCCGGAGUCGGGGAAAUAGAGCUGCCGGAGCAAUGCAAGUUGACCACAGCAAGUAUUAUAGUGCGAACUAAUCAAGUAGUUAAGGGCGUGGCAAUAAAUACGUUCUUACCGCGUUUUAAUAUCACGGCACCAAGAAAAAGGGAACAUGCGGAAAGUAACGGCAUGGAAUUAGAAAAUGUAACACGGAACCAAGCGCAGUUGCGAUCGUUAGAAGAACAGUUGACACGACUAACGAAAGAAAAUGAUCUUGUUAAUUACACAUUUUAUAAGCAGCCGCACUUUAUUAUCCCGACUUUGAUGAUGAAGACGUACGCGUAG